AUGGAGAAUUCCAACGGCAAAAAGACGCUGGGGAGGAGGAAGAUCCCGAUGCGAAAAAUCGAGAAGAAAUCGAGCCUGCAAGUCGCCUUCUCCAAGCGCCGCGGCGGCCUCUUCCGCAAAGCCGCCGAGCUCUCCAUCCUCUGCGGUGCGGAAAUCGCCAUCCUCGUGCAGUCCCCGUCGCAGAAGCUCUACGCCUUCGGCAGCCCCUCCGACGUCGCCGCUCUCAUCAGCCGCAUCGAUCCGAUCGACGACGGCGGCUACGAGGCGGCGAUGAGAAUGGCGGAGGCGGAGAAGAGGAGAGCGACGGAGGAGGAGAAACCCUACGAGGGUUUGGAACUGCACGAACCGGAGGGAAUGCGCACUGCACCGGACGAUUUUGGGGGAAAAGUUGAAUUGGAGUUUGAUUAUCCGUUGCUUCAAGAAGGUGCUUCUUCGUCCAAUCAGGUCAAGAUUGACGAUCAAAUCUUCACCACGUUUACGUUGGAUGAGAUUUGGGGGAGAGACUAG